AUGAAGACUUCCGUUCUCAUGGCAGUGGCCGUCGCCACGGUUGGCGUCGUUGCCCGCGUUCCCCAUGACGCGACCGCCACGGCCCCUGCUGCCAAGCCGAAUUUCCUGUACGAGCGGGAUGUAAACGGCACCAGUGACUGGGCUGAGGAGGAUGAGGUCAAGCUCCAGGGCUUCUUUGAUUUCCUUUUUCCUAACCUCGCCGCCAAGAAGAAUCCACAACAGAGAGGGCCAUACCGUCAACAAUAUAGCCCGGACCAAUACAGCCCUGCUCCGCCUGCGAUCGAGAGCGGACUCGGGGAGCCUGAUCGACCUCAGCUCCCCGUCGUCGAGAAGGAGACUGUAUAUAUCACCAAAGUGGCUCAAGCCGCUGAGACUCCCGCCGCCGCCGUCGUCGUGAAAGAGACUGUAUAUAUCACCAAAGCGGCUCGCGCCGCUGAGACCGUCGCCCCGGUCGCUCCCGCCGCUCCCGUGGCCCCGGUGACCCCCAAGGUCGUUUCCCUUAAAAGGGACAACGAGGGUUAG